AUGUCAGGCAUCAGACGCGCUCUCUCCAGAAUCCGCGGUAAACAUGAAGGUGCCGCCGGCGAUGAGGAAAGCAGCAGCAAUGGCGGAAGUGCUUCGCACUCGCACUCCCCCCGCCGCUCGCUGGUCGGCUUCCUGCGCGAUCGUGAAGAUAUCUCCUCCUCCGAUGACCUGUCAGACGACUCGUCAGGACCAAUGAGUAAAAACCAGCAAAAACGACUUGCUCGCCAACAAGCUCGGCAGGCCAAAAGUCGUCUGAGUGCAGAACUCAGAAAUGACUCCGAACAACGUCAUAUCGAAAAGGAGGAAGAAAUCGCGCGUGAAGAGACGACCGAAAUGAAGGAACGGUAUGGCGAUUUGCCGCUUGUCCAAAGUCAGGAACGAACUGGUGAACCGCGUUUGAAGUUCACUGAUAUUUCGACCGAUUUGAUUGGCAAGGAGGUCACGUUUACUGCCCGUUUGCAUAUUAUUCGUAACAUAAGCGCCAAGUUGGUGUUUCUGGUGUUUCGUCAGCAGCUUACUACCUUCCAAGGUGUGCUUCAUGCCGAAGAAGGUAAGAAGUCGUUGGGUAUGGUACAUUGGGCCGAACGCCUGCGGACCGGGACAAUUGUUCGCGUCCGCGGUAUCAUGCAGUCUCCAGCUGUUCCGGUUCUGGGAUGUACCUACCACGAUAUCGAACUCUCCAUUGAACAGCUCCACGUUGUCGUCCGUCGUGAAGCCUCCGUUCCUUUCUCGGUCUAUGAAGCUGAGAUUCGCACCGAAGAAGAAGACCAUGUCGAGGGUCGUUAUAGCCACAUCCCCGAUCGCACUCGUUUGUCGAAUCGUAUUCUUGAUCUUCGAACCGGUACUGCGCAGGCUAUUUUCCGUCUCCAGUCCGCUGUUGGUAACCUCUGGCGUGCUGCUCUCGACGAGCGAGGGUUCAUUGAAAUACACACUCCCAAGCUGCAAGGCUCCGCAACAGAAUCCGGUGCAAGUGUGUUUCAAUUGAACUAUUUUGGUCGCCCUGCUUUCCUUGCUCAGAGCCCUCAAUUGGCCAAGCAGAUGGCAAUCGCCUCUGACUUUGACCGCGUGUAUGAAAUUGGGGCUGUCUUCCGAGCAGAAAACUCCAAUACUCAUCGUCAUUUAACUGAAUACACUGGUCUGGAUAUCGAGAUGGCUAUUGAGGAGCACUACCACGAAAUGCUCGAGACCAUCGAUGCAGUUCUAAGGAACAUCAUCACUGGAAUCUACAGCAAGUACCGUCGUGAAGUUGAAGCCGUCAAGCAUCAGUUCCCCUCGGAAGACGUCGUUCUGGCGGAAAAAACCCCCGUCAUUCCAUUCCAAGAAGCUGUCGCACUUCUCAAUGAUUCUGGCUGGCGCGGUGAGGAUGGUGAAUUGAUUCCCGCCGACGAGGAUUUGCACACACGCGACGAAAUUCGACUGGGAGAGUUGGUCAAGGAGAAGUAUGGUACCGAUUACUACAUCAUCGACAAAUUCCCCGUGUCUGCUCGUCCGUUUUAUACCAUGCCCGACCCCUAUGAUUCCCGCUAUACAAAUUCCUUUGAUAUGUUUGUCCGUGGUCAAGAGAUUGUGUCUGGUGGUCAGCGUAUCCAUGACCCUACAAUGCUGGAAGAAAACAUGAAAAAAGUCGGCAUCGACCCAAGCGCCAUGGAGGACUACCUUGAAGGCUUCCGAUGGGGAGCACCGCCCCAUGCUGGUGCUGGUGUCGGUCUCGAACGUUUCGUCAUGCUUCUUUUGAAACUCGGCAAUAUCCGUCUUGCCUCUCUCUUCCAUCGCGAUCCCAAGAGCUUCCCAGCGAAGCCACCUGUCCUACAACUCCGUCACAGCGAAUCUUCGACUAUCGACCCAACGUGGCAGAAAGAAGACCGUGGUCGCAGAAUCAGCGACGAAAAAGAAUACCAGCCUCUUGUCGAGCUCAUUGCUAACUAUGGCGAUGCGACAUCCACAUCCUGGACAGACGAGCGAUACCAAAUCUGGCGAGAUCCCUUCACUGGUGCAGCCGUUUCGUACGUUCCCAGCUACAGCUAUGCGAUUAUUCCUGGCGACCCACUUUGCGACCCGAGUCAAUACAACCGAGUCAUUAGCUCAUUCUUGCACUGGCUCAAACGCGAAACUAAGCUCAAACCCAUCUGGAUUCUGGUUUCACCUGCUGUUGAGGAGCUUCUUGGUGAGAAAUUGGGUUGGCGAAGCCUGUCUUGCAUUGCCGAGGAGCGCGUUGACCCCAGUCGUAACCUGAUGGCUUCUGACACUGAAGUCGCUCGAAAGAUCCGACAUGCCGAGAACGAGGGCGUCAAACUUGUCGAUGUUCCCCAUGGAGAACUUCCACCAGACGAGAUCCGAACAAAGAUCGACAAACGCAUCCAGGACUGGUUGGCCAACCGUAAGGGCACCCAGAUCCAUCUGUCAGAAAUCGCUCCCUGGCGCGACUACGAGCACCGCUGGUAUUUCUAUGCCACCGACAAGGAAGGAAACAUCGCCGCAUUUGUGGCCUUGGCCAUGCUCGCCCCCCGCCAUGGUAUGCAAGUGAAAUACAGCCUCGAUUUCCCCGACGCCCCCAACGGUACAAUCGAGCACAUCGUCACCCACGCGAUUCAAACCGCAUCCAAGUCAGGCGUCAAGUCACUCACUUUCGGCGCUGGUGCAACCGCCCAAUUGACUCCGGGUCAUCACAUGAAGGGCGCCAAAGUGCGCAUGCUGCAGCAUACCUACGAGGCAGUCGCGAAGCAGUUCCAUCUCACGCGCAAGAGCGAGUUCCGUAUGAAGUUGGGGGCACACGAGGAGCCGUUGUAUAUUGCUUAUCCGCCUCAAGGACUGGGAUCGCGUGGUAUUCGAGCUAUUAUGAAUUUCUUUGAGGAUUAA